AUAACGAGACUUGCCAUUUUAUUUUCAAUCCUAAUUUUUUUUUUUGUCUCUGCUGCAUUCCAGGAAAAAGAUGAAAGGCUCGCGCUGCCUAACGGUAGCCACUGCUUUGCUGACACUGGUGGCCCUCAAGGCUUAUAUCGAGUGGUCUGCCGAACAAGACGAGCGAUUCCCGACCCCUCACGAGGCCAACUGGCAAACCAGCGCCUUCACACCUGCCCAGACCACAGCUGAAGAUGCCGCGGCAGUAGCCCUGCUCCGUUUCAACGCAUCCCUGCAGCAGCUGCGCCAGAGUAUCCCGAAAUCCAAGGCCUACUGGAAUGGGAAGCAACACCAGAUCUUCCAUGCGCUGGACACUGGGUGGAGUAAUACUUCCUUGCAUGCUUGUGAAGGGUCCAGAGACGCAGAAAGAGUGAGCAGGAUCAAAGACUUUGGAACCUACUCGGAGCUUUACAGAAACUUUAUCCUGUAUGAUGAAUGCCGGAACUUUUCGCUCUUGAUCAACCAGCCAGGCAAGUGUGCCCACAGCAGGAACCGCACGUUUCUGCUUCUGGCUAUUAAAUCUCUGCCAGGGAAUUUUGCUGCCCGCCAGGCUGUACGGGACACCUGGGGACAGGAGGGUGAACAUGGUGGGCUACCUGUGCGCACUGUCUUCUUGCUGGGAAUAGCCGGGGGCCGGUAUGGGCCCAACCUGCAACGCAUGGUGGAGUACGAGAGUCAUACUUUUGGGGACAUCUUGAUGUGGGACUUUGAAGACACUUUCUUCAACCUGACACUGAAGGACUACCUCUUCCUCAACUGGACGCUGGAACACUGCCACAGCGUCCGCUUUAUUCUCAAGGGCGACGAUGAUGUUUUCAUUAACACACCCAAGGUCGUAGACUACCUGAGCUCUUUAGAUGACCGCAAGCCAAUCUACAUGGGCCAAGUGAUGGCCAACGCCUCGCCAUUCCGUGUCCGCAAGAGCAAGUACUAUGUGCCCGAGUCGUAUUAUGUAGGUCCAUACCCAGCUUACGCAGGUGGCGGGGGCUAUAUCUUCUCGGGCAUUCUGACCCAGUGGCUGUACAUCAUCUCUCAGUAUAUACCCUUCUACCCAAUAGAUGAUGUUUACACAGGGCUGUGCUUCCAAGCCCUGGGCAUCCAUCCCGAAGCACACCCUGGCUUCCAGACAUUUGACAUUGCAGAGAAGGAUCGCGAGAAUCCCUGCGUACACAGAGAAUUACUCUUGGUCCACCAGCGGAGCCCGCAUCAGACCCUCCAUCUCUGGAAACAGAUCAGGGACCCCAACCUCACGUGUUAAGAGAGCCAGAAACAAUCCAGCUUCUCUCUCCACUGAGGCGGCAGGUCCUU